AUGGAAAAUAGCGACUCAGAUUCUUCAGUGGAUCAGAACAGUUUAGCAUCAGUUAUAAAUCUGUUCGAAAAUGCUCACAGGAGUACAAUAUCGGCGUCAACUGUGGACAGUGAUUUGAGAAAUUUGUCUUCCUCUGCAAACCUUAAUUUAGAAGGUGUCUCUCCGUCCGAAAAUAACACUUCUCAGUACGACGAUGAGCUGGAGUUUGCAUCAAAUUUUAAAAUAUCAUGUGUUUGUGAGCAGAAUAAAAAUAUUUCAGAGAAGAUAUGCACCAAUGUCUUUAAUCGUCACUUACCAAAAUAUGUUGGUUGCAGCAAGCAGUCAAAAAGUGUUCAGACGUCAUUCAAGUUUAAAGAGCGUUUUUCUUCUAGUCAGACAUCAUCUGUUGAUUUAAAUAUCAGUGAAAAUCCAUCAACUGUGUUUCCAAUUGAUGUCAUAGCAAACUUGCAUAUCCCACAGUACAGACCGGUACCUGCGCAUAAGUUAGGAAUUAUGUCAGGGGACUUAAGUUCAACAUUUCCAAUUCUGAACUUUACGACAAAGCAACAACAAGAACAUCCGAUCCAUCAGGAGCAAUCACUGGUAUCAUCGUCAUCAUCUGCCUUGAUGGUUACACCAGUGGUAUUGUCAUCAACGAUUAACACGUCACUGGCAAACCAAUCAGCGGGCAUUGUGAAUAAAUGUGAUUAUUCUUUAACACAGUUAUGCAAUAACAGUUCUAUGCGACUAAUCUUAAUUGAUGAGAAUCAAAAUUAUUCUCCAAACAACCCAAGGACUUAUGAUUAUAAUAAAUAUUUCAAUGAACAAACAGCUAUAAUAACAGAUCGGAAUAUAAGUAGUUCAGAAAAGUCAACGGCAACUACGUUUUCUCAUCCUGGGGGUGAUUCAGGUAUUAGUAAUACAAGUCCAGAUACCUAUAGUCUUUCGGAGCCUGGUAUAGCAGUGUCAGCUUCUCAGUGCCCAUUAGAGAACAUUGAUAGUUAUAAUCAACCUCAACAGCGGAAAACCAACAUUUAUUCACAAACCGUUCAAAAAAUUUCUUCGCGUUAUAAUGAUGAUAACAAGGACAAAUUAACGGAUAAAACUGAUCCUUACAGAAUACUUAAUCAGUAUUUACUCAUAAAUAAACAUAAUACAAGCGAGAAUUUAUACAUACCGAGUGUUUCUAGUAAUCACAGAAGAACAGAAUUAAGUUAUGAUGCCAGUGUUUACAAAAUAUGGCAAAAGUAUGAAAAUCGUUUGUAUAAAUUCAACCAAGUUACUUCAUCAUUCUCCUUGUCAACUUCACCAUCAUCAUCAUCAACAUGUACACCAUCCGUGACUUUAUCUUCAUCACCAUCAUCAUCUUCAUCAACACCAACUAAUUCAUCAAAAAGUGAAUUGUUUAGUGUUACAGUAAACAGGAAAUUUAAAGAAGACUCGUCUGAUGAUGAUAGUACAAGUGAUCAACGUGAUGAAGUCCAAAAAGGAAGAAUUCAAAAUACACAAUCUCCUAUUGCUGUACUACACUUGUUCGGUAAAAAGAAACAGAGUAAUAAUAAAUGUUUGAUAAGUGACAGUGAUAUCCUCUCCUAUCAGCCCCAACGCAAGUAA